AUGGAUGACGAGGAGUAUAUUUCAAUUAUGGAAUAUUCAAUAGAAGAUCACAAUGACGUAUUUAACUUCAAUCUCUGCUCACCUAUCAAUUCAGAUAUUACAAUGGAUGAAAUGAAUAUAAAACAUGAAGGCAGUGAGUCCAAUUUAAUCGAUUCCAAGUUCAUUCUACAAGACAUCAAAGUCUCCACAGAAAACAAGUGCAAGAACACAAAUCUUACUCCUCCACUUAUUACAGUACCUUCUAAAGAGACUGAUGUAAGCUACAGUACACCAUUCCAAUUUGACAGACAAGCACCUGCGAGGAUAUCCACCUCACCCACUCUGAGGAGACUGAGGAAGAGCACAGUUAGGAACUUCAUGUCUUUGCAGGAGUAUUUUGAUGCAUCCAAGUUUCCAGCUCACAAAGAGGAAUCUGUCUCGGUAAGUUCAUCAGGGCACUUAGAGAAAAAUGCAGCCACUAUAGCAGCAUCUGGCUGUAAAAGUACGCCGGUGUUCUCUUCUCAGGACAAUGGCUCUUGUGUAUCUCAAAGUUUAAACCACACUAGUGAAUUGGGCAAACCUGGUCUCCACACUAAUUAUACCGAUGAUGAAAAGUCACCAAAUCAAAACUACAAUGGAACAUCUGCAUCUGAAACAAAAAAGGAUACCGAAGUGCAACACAGCUGUUCAGAGAUGAAGCAGUUCCACCAGUCAGGACAGAGUGAAAGGCGACGCAGUUCAGUAGUGCUAAGCAUACCUGGUCUGGAGGUUUUUCCAGGAGAUCUUUUGGUGUCAGAUGGCGCCUCUGAUUAUAUGUACAAUGCUCCAUGGUUGCCUAAUGCAGAUGCUAAGAAACCAAAAUGGCCUUUCUCUAAGAAAACAUCAUUUAUCAAGGGGAAACAGAAACAGAUUUCAGAUUUGGAAAAUUGCCUCUCUUCUUUCAAGAUACCAGAUUUCAGUGAAUACAAUUUUUAUAAUGUCAAGGAUAAAACUUGGGAAGAAUUCAGAAACAUGCAUCAGAUUGAACCUAAAGGGGUUCCUAGUGCAGUAAAUAGGAAAAGGCAACAGUCGGUAUGGGAGCUAUUUACCUCGGAAUGCACUUAUUUUUUGGAGCAUUUACUAGUUCUGAACAUGAUAUUUUUGCAUGCACUAAAGCACUUACAGAACAAUGAUCUUCUGUUGGAUGUGGAUCCGGUUAGGUUAUUUGCUAAUCUGGAGGAUUUGAACCAGGAGAGCCUAAACUUUGCCAGCAGCCUCUUUAAUACGAUUGAAAGCAGGGAACUGGGAUUAACAAAAUCUUUAUCAUUAUCACUGGCAGAUUUGCUACCAAAGUACUUCAAGGAUAAUCUCUGCUUAAGUCAUCAGAUCUACUGCCUCAAUUACACAUCUGCUGUCAUCUAUCUAGAGACUCUGAAGCAAAGAGAAGAUUUUGGCACAUAUAUGAAAUGGUGUGAGCAACAGGAGCAGUGUAAACGACUUCAUCUCACUGAUUUGCUGGUGGCUCCACUACAUCGGCUGACCCGAUAUCCCCUACUCCUUAAGAAUAUAUGGAAAAGAAGCAGUGAUGCAGCAGAGAAAGUAUCCAUCUAUUCAAUGAAGGAGAAGGUGGAAAGCUCAAUCAGAGACCUUGAAGGAAAAGUGAAAUUGCUGGACAAGUCACAGAAAUUCAAGCAACUCCAGGAAGUGAUUGUGUGGCCCUGCUUGUGGGAGAGAGAUAAAAGAUUUUUUAUGCCAGAGGGUCUUAAACACUAUUUCAAAGAUUCAAAUGUGGAGACGCUGUUAUCUUCACCGAACAGACAGCUUCUUCAUGAAGGAAGACUUACCCUUACAGAAAGCACACGUGUUCUCGAUGUAUACCUGUUCCUCUUUGAUGACUUGCUGCUGAUAACAAAAAUGAAACGCAACAAAAGGAAACCAUCCAAUAUAGAAGCUUGUACUAUGUACCCAUCUUUACACCCAGAGCUGCAGCGCAUAGUGAAAGAAGGUGGUUACUGCAAAGUCUUGGACCAGCCUAUUCCACUAGACAGGCUAAGCAUAAAAAGUAUUGAUGCCUUCCAUGCUACAGUGUAUGGAAUGAGGAAUGCUUUCCUAAUCCAGCAUGAGAAUCGUUAUCAGCAGUGUAUUGCUGCCUUCAUCAUGCAAGCACAUACUGAAUCUGAAAAGAAGCAAUGGAUCUCACAAAUAGAAACUGCCAUUUCCUGUUACACUGAAGUUUAUGAGACAAACAGAUCUUCAGUAUUUUGCUACCCUGCAGAGUCAGCUGAAAUUUAA